GUAUUCACAACGAUUUUACAAUUUUUUUUUUGAUAAAAACAAAGUUUAUUCUUUUCACAACAAGAAAAGAAAGAAGAAGUUAUGUACAGUACACCUUGCAAGAAGAAAAACUGAUUUAUAGUUAUCCAAAAAAUAGUGAUUUGUUCAAUUCAAGUCGAAGAACAAACAGAACAGAAGUGAUCAUCAUCAUCAGUGUUUCAUUUCAUCACUCACGAUGUCAGCCCUUAAACUGAGCGCAACUGCUUCUAUCUACUAUGUCCGUUCCGCCACCACCACCACUAAACCCUUAUUCAUAUCAUUCUCAAACACUAUCUCUUCUUCCAGAAACAUUCACCAACAACACUCACGCAUCAGGUACAUCCCCUCCACAACUAAAUUCCCAAUUUCUUCUAAUCAAACCAAACCCUCCUCUUUCUCCGACAACAACAAUUUCGCCGGCUUUUCCGGAAAACCUCUAGUUUCCAACGUUCCAUCACCGCCACAGUCACAGCCACAACCGGAACCUUCUAAAUUGCUCACUUUGCCCACUAUUUUAACUCUUGGCCGUGUCGCCGCCGUGCCGCUUCUUGUUGCCACUUUCUAUAUGGAUGGUUGGCGAGGAACAACUGCUACUACCACAAUUUUCAUUGCUGCUUCUUUUACAGAUUGGCUUGAUGGUUAUAUUGCUCGCAAGAUGAAGUUAAAAUCUUCAUUUGGUGCAUUCUUAGAUCCUGUAGCUGACAAGCUUAUGGUUGCCGCGACAUUGGUCUUAUUAUGUACUAGACCUUUGGAUGCUGGUGUAUUCGGCCAAGCACCCUGGUUACUCCCUAUACCUUCCAUUGCCAUCAUUGGUAGAGAGAUAACCAUGUCUGCUGUCAGGGAAUGGGCGGCUUCCCAGGAUAGUAAGCUUUUAGAGGCUGUUGCUGUAAAUAACUUGGGGAAGUGGAAAACAGCUACGCAGAUGACGGCUCUAGCCAUCCUCCUUGCGACCCGGGACUCGAGUCAUGGAGUAGCUGCCUUUGCAGUGGGGUCUGGUGUUGCUUUGCUUUAUACUUCAGCAGGGCUUGCCUUAUGGUCAUUGGUUGUAUAUAUGAGAAAAAUUUGGAAGGUGUUGUUGAGGUAGCAUGCCUGAUGCUCCAUGUAUUUGGCAUAUAUAUAUUCCAUUUUUUGUGGCUCCGGUUCUCCAAUAUUUACUGACACACGAAAGGGAGCUGCAUUUUUAGUGGCAUGUAAAUGUAUUUAUUCUGCGAAUUGUCUAACUAGACAGCACCAUUUCUUCUAUUCCUGAAAAUUAUCUGCACACAUUUUUGCCCUCAGUCACUCUAGGAAAUAAAAAGGAAGAAAGAAGGCAACUAGAUUUUGGAGUCAUUGAAGCUUUGCCACAAGAGAAAAUUCAAAACAGGAAUUAUUGUAGGUCGGACCAUAGUUUUCUUUUCAAUUACCUUUCUUCCUGUAUGUUAUUAUUCAUUAUGUAUAAGCACACCAGUUAAAUUACAAUGUAUACUUAUGGUUAAUAUCUAUUACUGCUU